CAACAAAGCUCUCCCGCUGAAUACACAGCCAUUUUUAACAGCAUGGAUCAUGCAACAUAUACCGCGUACUAUGGCGUCGACCAUUCCUAUGCUGGAGACCUUACCGGACAGGCAACCGAAGCCGAUGAUCUACUUGAUCCUUUGUUGAGAGAAUAUCUUCCUUCGUCAUCAAGACUACUCUUCGACCCAACUGGGCAGAGUCAGAGCUCUAGGCCUUCUAUGGCUCGUGCACAGACCCCCAUCUCCCUGGCAGAAGAGAAAGUCGGAUACCCCGGUCCAAGGAACCAUACUUUGCAUGAUAGGUCGUCAUCCAGGACUAGAGGUACUAGAAAAUGAUCGAUGUUUCUGUCGACGGGUCUGGGUCAGACUGAGCGACGGCUCUGGCCGUGGACUGCUCAUGACAGCUGGGAUUACAACAUGCGUUCAGCUCGGUAAUUAGGUCACGUUCUUCAUCACAUGACUUGUGGCUGUAUUCUUAUCAAUGCAUACUAGGACAGAAGCACGAUAAACCAACACUCCCCAUAUUUUCAGAAUGGAGCUACAGCAGCGGC